UUUCUUGAAGGAGGGAUGUGGGUUCAUUUCCCGAGGCUUUUCUGUCAGGAGGAGCCCCAAGGCAGCUCCCUCACCGCAAAGGAGCCACUUUGGAGUUGUACGCCCUCCCCACACCCCAUCCCUGGGGAUGGGAAGGAUGUUCUGUGACUCUCGGGCACGCUGUCUGAGGCUAAGAUGGAAAGUCUCAGGCUGCAGGCUGGAUUGAGUCGCUGGAAGCUGCUGGGUCCCCGCCUGGCGGUCUCCGGGUGUGUCCAUUGAACUGCGGAGGACUGGUCUCCAGCGCGGGAACCCCAGCGCUCCCGCUGGCCCGCUCCGAGGCUAGCCCCCACCUGGAGGGCAGGACAGAGCCGCUCCUGCCCACACCCAUUGCGGGAGGAUGGCAGGACCAGGCGCGGCAUAGCGGCGGGAGAAGCCCAGAGACCCGCUCGUCCAGUUUGUUCACGAGGCAACGGACGGACUUCCCUCUCCGGACAGCUCUAAGCCUCAGAAAAAAACCGACCCAAACUCCGGCCUGGGAGACGGACUUAGGAUCAGGCCGGUGUUCUGUGGGGGGAAGGGGGAUGCACUGAGCCUACCGGAGCUGGGUGUGCACGCGUGAGAGCGUGCUUUGGGGCAUCCCGCACACCCCUCCGAUCCGGCCCAUGGACACUCGGGGGGAGGAGGGAGUGGCAGCCGCGGGACUAAAGGAGAGCGAGGGACACCUCUCAAAGUGACGGCCCCAACAGGUCCGGAUUUGGAAUUGGCAGCGGCAGAAAUCCGGACACCCCCCCCCCCCGGCCUGCUCCGCACACCCUGCCGCCCCCGUCCGGAGCCCCGGCAAGGCAACUGAGCUCGUCCGCCCCGGGGGGCGCCCCGUCCACUGCCAGCUUCCUCCUGCCGACCUGCCCGCGCACAUGAGGCCGCUGUCCCCGCCGCAGUCGCCGGCGCCCCCCUCGCCGUGCGGGUGGUGAUGCCAUGCCCCGCCACCACGCGGGAGGAGAGGAGGGCGGUGCCGCCGGGCUCUGGGUGAGGAGCGGCGAGGCGGCAGCGGCGGUGGCGGGUGGGGGGCGCCCCGGCAGCGGCAUGAAGGAUGUGGAGUCCGGCCGCGGCAGGGUGCUGCUGAACUCGGCGGCCGCCAGGGGCGACGGCCUGCUGCUGCUCGGCACCCGCGCAGCGGCGCUCGGAGGAGGCGGCGGCGGCCUGAGAGAGAGCCGCCGGGGCAAGCAGGGGGCCCGGAUGAGCCUGCUGGGGAAGCCGCUCUCCUACACCAGCAGCCAGAGCUGUCGGCGCAACGUCAAGUACCGGCGGGUGCAGAACUAUCUGUACAACGUGCUGGAGAGACCCCGCGGCUGGGCGUUCGUCUACCACGCGUUCGUUUUUCUCCUUGUAUUUGGUUGCUUGAUUUUGUCAGUGUUUUCUACCAUCCCUGAGCACACAAAAUUGGCUUCAAGUUGCCUCUUAAUUCUGGAGUUCGUGAUGAUCGUUGUCUUCGGCUUGGAGUUCAUCAUUCGAAUCUGGUCUGCAGGUUGCUGUUGUCGUUAUAGAGGAUGGCAAGGAAGACUGAGGUUCGCUCGAAAGCCUUUCUGUGUUAUAGAUACCAUUGUUCUUAUUGCUUCAAUAGCAGUUGUUUCUGCAAAAACUCAGGGUAAUAUUUUUGCCACAUCAGCGCUCAGAAGUCUCCGGUUCCUACAGAUCCUGCGUAUGGUGCGCAUGGACAGAAGGGGAGGCACUUGGAAGUUGCUGGGCUCGGUGGUUUAUGCUCACAGCAAGGAAUUAAUCACAGCUUGGUACAUAGGAUUUCUCGUUCUUAUUUUUUCAUCCUUCCUUGUCUACCUGGUGGAAAAGGAUGCCAAUAAAGAGUUUUCUACAUAUGCGGAUGCUCUCUGGUGGGGCACAAUCACACUGACAACCAUUGGCUAUGGAGACAAAACGCCCCUAACUUGGCUGGGAAGAUUGCUCUCUGCAGGCUUCGCACUCCUUGGCAUUUCUUUUUUUGCCCUUCCUGCUGGCAUUCUUGGCUCAGGUUUUGCAUUAAAAGUACAAGAACAGCACCGCCAGAAACAUUUUGAAAAAAGAAGGAACCCAGCUGCCAACCUCAUUCAGUGCGUUUGGCGUAGCUAUGCAGCCGAUGAGAAGUCUGUUUCCAUUGCGACCUGGAAGCCACAUCUGAAGGCCUUGCACACCUGCAGCCCUACCAAGAAAGAACAAGGGGAGGCGUCAAGCAGUAAGUUCUGUAAUAAUAAGCAGAAGUUCUUCAGAAUGUACACCUCACGGAAGCAGAGUCAGAAGCUGAGUUUUAAGGAGCGAGUGCGCAUGGCUAGCCCAAGAGGCCAAAGCAUUAAGAGCAGGCAAGCAUCGGUAGGUGACAGGAGGUCCCCAAGCACGGACAUCACUGCUGAGGGCAGCCCCACCAAAGUGCAGAAGAGCUGGAGCUUCAAUGACCGAACACGCUUCAGGCCCUCACUACGCCUCAAGAGUUCGCAGCCAAAGCCGGUGAUAGAUGCCGACACAGCCCUCGGAACUGACGAUGUUUAUGAUGAGAAAGGAUGCCAGUGUGAUGUGUCUGUGGAGGACCUCACCCCGCCACUUAAAACUGUCAUUCGAGCUAUCAGAAUUAUGAAAUUUCACGUGGCAAAACGGAAGUUUAAGGAAACAUUACGCCCAUAUGAUGUAAAAGAUGUCAUUGAACAAUAUUCUGCUGGUCAUCUGGACAUGCUGUGUAGAAUUAAAAGCCUUCAAACACGUGUUGAUCAAAUUCUUGGAAAAGGGCAAAUCACCUCAGAUAAAAAGAGCCGGGAGAAAAUCACAGCAGAACAUGAGACAACAGAUGACCUCAGCAUGCUCGGCCGUGUUGUCAAGGUGGAAAAGCAGGUCCAGUCCAUCGAGUCCAAGUUGGAUUGUCUGCUGGAUAUCUACCAACAGGUCCUCCGGAAAGGCUCUGCCUCUGCCCUCACGUUGGCGUCAUUCCAGAUCCCACCUUUUGAAUGUGAACAGACAUCUGAUUAUCAAAGUCCUGUGGAUAGCAAAGACCUGUCCAGUUCUGCACAAAACAGUGGCUGCUUAACAAGGUCAGCCAGUGCCAACAUCUCAAGAGGCCUGCAGUUCAUUUUAACGCCAAAUGAGUUCAGUGCUCAGACAUUCUAUGCGCUUAGCCCUACUAUGCACAGCCAAGCAACACAGGUGCCAAUGAGUCAAAAUGAUGGCUCCUCCAUGUCGGCCACCAAUAACAUUGCAAACCAAAUAAGUGCAGCAACCAAGCCAGCAGCCCCAACAACUUUACAGAUCCCACCUCCUCUCCCAGCCAUCAAGCACCUGUCCAGGCCAGAGACUCUGCACCCAAACCCCACUGGCUUACAGGAAAGUAUUUCUGAUGUCACCACCUGCCUUGUUGCCUCCAAGGAAAACAUUCAGUUUGCACAGUCAAAUCUGACCAAGGACCGUUCCCUGAGGAAAAGCUUUGACAUGGGAGGAGAAACUCUGUUGUCUGUUCAUCCCAUGGUGCCCAAGGACUUGGGCAAAUCUUUGUCUGUACAAAACCUGAUCAGAUCGACAGAGGAACUGAACUUGCAGUUUUCAGGCAGUGAGUCAAGUGGCUCCAGAGGCAGCCAAGAUUUUUACCCCAAGUGGAGAGAAUCCAAAUUGUUUAUAACUGAUGAAGAACUGGGUGCCGAGGAGGCAGAAACAGAUACUUUUGAUGGUACCCCACAGCCUUCAGGGGAAGCUGCUUUUACAUCGGACUCUCUAAGGACUGGAAGGUCGCGGUCAUCUCAGAACAUUUGUAAGACAGGAGACAGUACGGAUGCCCUCAGUUUGCCUCAUGUCAAACUGAACUAAGUUCUUUGUUUUCUUUCUAGGCAUAGCUGUUCUUUUAGCCAUACAUAUCACUGCAUGAACUAUUCUGAAAGCCCUUCUAAAAAGUUGAAAUCGCAAGAAUCAGGAAGAACAUGAAUGGCAACUUAUAAGCCCGUUAUCUUUUAAUUGCAUGAAAAUGCAUGUUUAGGGAUGGCAGAAAUUCCAAGGUGCAUCGACAUUAACCCAUGCAUUUAGUAAUGUACCUUGAAUCUAAAAUCCCAAGCAAACAGUCGCUGCUGAUGCUAUGGGGUGUGCGAAGAUGUCAGGAUUAGUUCAAUCACAAGAGUUGACACUAUAUUUUGAAAGUGUAAGAGUAAACACCUUCAGAUUCCAGGCAUUUCUGCUUUAAGACUAGAUACAAAGUACAUUUUCAAAAUUAGGCCAUGAUGUAUGUUUAGACACAAUGGCUUAGCAACAACUGCUAAUAAUACAAGCAAAGCAGAAUUUGGAAUAUAACAGAAAUGGCUGCUUAUUUCAAGAUAUCUUUGCCAACCCAUUCCUCCUCCGUCAUUUUAUUAAUGUAAUUUGAAUGUCAAUCUGUGUGCUUUUGGUAACUUAGCGCUGUGGCAGGCAAUUUUGCACAUCAUUUUCAUGUUGUCCUUUGUGCUGAGAAUGUUUUUUAAUUAGAAAAUGGGCAGAGAAUGCUGUUCAGGCCAGUGGGGCAGGAGACUGGAACCUGGGCAUCUUCAACUUCAUGAAAACAUAGUCUCUGAUGGAGGAGUCAACUCUGCAAAUGGUCCGUCCAUCUCUGUACACAUCUAGGAGCUCCUGAUGGGUCUAACAGCCUGUGCCGCUGGGCUGGUCUCUCUGUGAGAACACAAGGACAGGGUUGCCCAUCCUGUGCACUCAAAUGGCCAGUGUGACCAGCUAUUCCCAUUUAGUGGACAUACAGGUAGGGUCUGGGGAAGGGGAUAUCUACAUGAGAUGGAGGGAAAACUUGGAAAGACUACACAAGCAUUACCACAUGGGUGACAUUAAAGGAAGCGACUCCCCACCCCCAAAGGGCAGUGAGCAAAGAAGCCAAAAUGAAAACAUCUAGAUUUUUUAGAAAAUAAAUAUUGCUAGGAAGUUCAACUACCUAAACAUCUCUUAUUCUUGUAUAACAGAAUUUUUGCAAGCUAUUUAUUUUUAAUAUGCCCUGAGUGUCUUUUGCUAUUAUGUAGUACAUUUUGCACAGGAAAGGCUAAAACUAAACUUCCUUUACUUUCAUUUUAUAGUGAACAUUUUUCUAUUCUUCCUGACAAUAUUAUCCCAAAUGUGAAAUUAUUGGCUCAGUUUCCAGGUUACGAACAUUUAUAAUCACAAACCAGAUAACAUUGGAUGUGGUUGCCAUUCAAAACCCCUUAGUAAUGUAUUGUGAUGGCAAAGAAACAUAUAUAUAUACAAUGUAUUUCUCAAAAGGCAAGCAAUACUGGCUGCUUGUUAGACCUGAGCCCCGCACCUUAAUCACAGCACUGGGGAAACUGAGACAGGGGAUCAUGAGUUCAAGGCUAGCCUGGAUUAUACAGCAAAACUGUGUCUCAAAAAUAUAGAGACUGAACUAAGUAUCUUGGACCAUCAGGAUAUUGACCAAAGUAAUAACGUUCUAGUAGGUUUAGAGAGCCAAGUAAAUAUGCAUGCCUGUAAUCCCACUAUUUGGGAGGUGGAGGCAGGAGGUUCAGG